AUGAGCAGCCCCUUGUUCUUCGAGUUGAAGAAGCAAGCCUCUUCCUUCUUGAAAGAGAAGAUUAAAACUGCUCGCUUGACGCUGACUGAUGUAACACCUGCACAACUAAUGACAGAAGAAGCUACAAAUGAAAAUCCAUGGCCGCCAGACACACGCACCAUUGGAGUAAUAUCAAGGGCUGCCUUUGAAGUUGAUGAUUAUUGGAGGGUUGUGGAGAUUCUACAUAAGAGGUUGUUGAGCUUCAAUAGAAAGAAUUGGCGAGGCUCUUACAAGGCUCUAAUUCUAUUGGAACACCUGCUAAGCCAUGGGCCAUUGAGAAUUGCUGAGGAGUUUGAGGGUGAUAAGGAUAUUAUCAAGGAGAUGGGGAGGUUUCAAUAUAUCGAUGAGAAGGGGUUUAACUGGGGAUUGAGUGUGACAAAGUUAUCUGAGAGAGUAGUAAAACUUGUUGAAGAUGAGGCGUUCUUCAGAGAAGAGAGAGCCAGAGCUCGCAAUCUAACAUGUGGAAUCAAAGGAUUCGGGAGCUUCAACCUGCAGCGUUCUUCUUUCAUAGAUUCAAGCUUGAAGGACUUGUCCUUCAAAACAUAUGAGAGAUGUAAUUCUCACCACAAUGACCAUCAAAGUUGCAAAAAUCGGGUCCUCAGCUCUGACGAGAAAUUUUUAAUGGAGGAAGAGAUGAAGAAACCACAGCAAAUUGAUGGUUACCAGGACAUCAUCUCAAAACCUGACAUUAGUCUUGACAUAGAAGAUCAUCCAUUUUGCGAGAGUGAGCAUCAGACGGCAGAAUCCCUUCUUUCUACUGUAAAAUGA